AUACGGGUGGGCUGGGUUGCCCUACCCGUUGCUCGUGUCGGGGCCCCGUCGUCCCCGAUGCUGCCCGUCGAGCGUCGGCCCCCAUCGCCGCUUCCCAGUCCCCCUCACCUCACCAACACAGCACAGCACACCACAGCUCGCCUCCCUCUCACAGGCCACAGCACACUGCCACUCCGAAACCCCAAGCGCCACCAGGCACCAGCCUCCCCGCCCCCCUCCCCCCUCCUCCUCGCGCCGCCGGGGCCAUGCUCCUCUCCGGGCCGCCGGCGGCGCCCACCCCGCCGCUGCUGCUCCCGGAGAGCAGCGGCGAGGACGGCGGCCACGAUUCCUCCUCCCGCGCGGCAGCAGUGGCGGGAUCGGCGCCGAAGAGGCGCGCGGAGACCUGGGUCCGUGAGGAGACCCUCUGCCUCAUCGCGCUGCGCCGGGAAAUGGACGCCCACUUCAACACCUCCAAGUCCAACAAGCACCUCUGGGAGGCCAUCUCCGCCCGGAUGCGGGACCAAGGGUUCGACCGCUCCCCGACCAUGUGCACCGACAAGUGGCGCAACCUGCUCAAGGAGUUCAAGAAGGCGCGCAGCCACUCUCGGAACAGCGGCGGCGGCUCCGGCUCCGGCGCUGGAGGGAACGGCAACGCCAAGAUGGCGUACUACAAGGAGAUCGACGACCUGCUCAAGCGCCGCGGGAAGGCGACGGGAAGCGGCAGUGGCGGCUGCGUUGGCAGUGGUGCUGCCGGGAAGAGCCCCACAUCCAAUUCUAAGAUCGAGUCCUACCUGCAGUUCACCACAGAUAACGGCUUUGAUGAUGCUAACAUUCCUUUUGGUCCUGUGGAAGCAAAUGGUAGACCAAUACUGAGUAUCGAUGAUCGUUUGGAGGAUGACAGGCAUCCGCUUCCCUUGACGGCUGCUGAUGCAGUUGCAACCAAUGGUGUGAACCCAUGGAAUUGGAGAGACACCUCUACUAAUGGUGGAGAUAACCAUGGCAGCUUCGGUGGGAGAGUCAUUUUAGUGAAGUGGGGUGAUUACACUAAAAGGAUUGGAAUUGAUGGUACUCCUGAAGCAAUUAAGGAAGCCAUCAAAUCAGCAUUUGGAUUAAGAACAAGGCGUGCUUUCUGGCUUGAAGAUGAAGAUGAGGUUGUUCGAGCCUUGGACAGGGACAUGCCAGUUGGAACAUACACACUUAAUCUUGAUGAUGGGAUAACAAUCAAACUCUGUGAUGGAAACCGCAUGCAGACGCCAGAAGACAAGACAUUUUACACUGAAGAGGACUUUCGAGAUUUCCUCUUACGGCGUGGUUGGACAUUUCUCAGGGAGUAUGGAGGCUAUAGAAACGUCGAUAGCCUUGAUGAUCUCCGACCAGGUGUGAUGUAUCAGGGGCUGCGGUCACUUGGUGAUUGAUUUUGCAACAUCUGCCUUGGCAAGGCAUCGUGUCAAAGUGCUACUGCUAGUACUACCAUUUAGUGUAAUUGCCAGGCCAUCCUUUAUUCUCUGAUAUAUGUAAAAUGUAGCUGAAUAGUGACAUUGGUAACUAGAAUAUAGAUGUGCAGUUGGAGUGUGCAGCAAAUGAUCCUCCAGAGAACUAGAUUGUUCUACGAUUACUUGCAGUAAAUCUGAAAGUUUCCAGCA